AUGUGACGAGCCGACUGGUAAAUUACGAUUGACUGGAGAGUUGCCGAUAGUCAGCUACUUCUCGAUGUACAGUUAGGCAAAGCUGACAACUUUUUGCCUUUGUUGGAGUUUGUUCGUGUCUCACGGAAAUACUUUGCUGCCUUCUCCGUCUUCAAUAAGCAACGUUUUAUUUGGAUAUUGUUCCCAUUAUGUCAGCAAAGAGCCAAACAGCUGUCCACGGACCAGGGCAGCGUGCUGAGUUCAGGGGUUAGCUGGCCUACUGUACCCCCAGUAAAGGGUCGCAGCUGCACUGAAUGCUGGGAUGCUACGGAAGGGCAGCGGCAGCAGCAGUAGUGGUGGUGGAGGCGGUGGAACAAAGCACACCCAGAGACUGCCACAGAACCUUUCCGAGACAUCUACAGAGCCUCUAUCAGCUGGAUCCAGUAAGACCUUGAAUAUGGGGCGCAGUUCAAAGAACCCAAACCCUCUGAGCAACAUGGGCCUUACCUCCCGCCUGAUAGGGGCACCCGGGGUGGAUGUCGAGUAUGUAAUGCAGCUGGUGAAUGAUGUGCGGUUGUUUGCUGAUGUGCUACACAACCUCAAAGAAGCUUUCCAGUAUAAAGAGAAUUUGGAAGGUCUUCAGGAGGUGGUGCAGCAACGUUUGGCGGAAUUAGUUCGCAUCCUCAAAAUUGUCAUUGGCAAACACCAGACGCUCAACUCUUCUGACAUUCUGGGAGCAGCUGGCACAGUUAUUGCUAAGGUCAAAGCUGUUAACUUCUCCACAACCGUGAACCCAGAGAAUAAAAAAGUUAUAUUUGCCGAGAUACACACAUCCAUUGACACUUUGGCAUUCACAUUCGGCAAUGUAGUUUCUGACUUCCUUAUGGGAGAUGUGGACAGCAGCCCAGGGUUGGGGAUCGCCCAGAAAAACAGAAGCAGGUCUUCUGACAACCUCUCUGUGGAUCCCGAGGGAUAUGUUUCAGAGAAAAGGGAGCUUGUGGGCUCAGAAGUGCCACAGCCACGAGAGGAGGAAGUUGACUUGACCUUGCUGAAGAAUGACAGUGGAGUUGAGUCCGCCCUACUCUAUGCCAAGACCUGCUCCAAGUACAUCAAAGAUCUUCUGGCCUGGAUGGAAAAACGGCUAGCCAUGGAUAUUGAGAAUGCUAAAAGCUACGUCAAAAUGGCUGAGUCUGCAAAAACACUGGCCAGUCAAAAGGACUACAUGCCAUUCAGUGACCUCUACGUUUCUGCAUUCAAGAAAGACAUGGAGUACAACCAGCUGCUUAUUCAAACCUCCAUGACUCUUCAGACCAAUAAAUUCAUGCAGCCUCUUGUGGCUCGCAAAAAUGAACUGGAUAAGCUGAGGAAAGAAAUCAAGGAGCAGUGGCAGAGGGAGCAGAAGAAAAUGCAAGAGGCAGAUGCAACCUUGCGAAAGGCACGGGCACUGAAGACCCAGAGGAGGGAGGAAUACCAAAAAGCCCAGUCAGCAGCAAGUCGCUCUCAGGAGGAUCAGUCUAAUGCUGGGAACAAACAGCUGGAGAAGAAGAGAAAGCUAGAAGAGGAGGCUUUACAAAAGGCGGAGGAGGCCCAGGGCCAGUACGAGAACUGCAUAGCUGACGCAGGGAGCAGGAAAAUGGAUCUGGCUAAUGCGAAGAGCACUAUCCUGACUCAGAUCCGAGAAAUGAUCUUCCAGUGUGACCUCACACUAAAAGCUGUGACAGUGAACUGGUUUCAAAUGCAGCAGACACAGACCGUGUCACUUCCUGCACACUACCAGGCCCUCAGUGAAAAUGCCAAGUUGUAUGAGCCGGGCGAAUGCUAUGCAGAGUUUGUGCGUAACCUGUCCAAAAAUCUCCCUAAAGAGCAUCUUCACUCCGACUCCAUCUCCUCCGAAAAUAUAAGAUUUGGCAGCAAAAGGUCAGUGGGCAGCUAUCAUUCCUCCCACGGCAACCUGUCACAGGCAUCCACCACCUCUUGUGACGUGUUGAGCGGAGAGGAAACGGACAGUACCAUACAUCGGCCUGCAAAGAUCAGUGAGCACAGGUCCAGCAGCAGCACAGACAUACAAGCUCUAAGAAACCAGACCCCACUGAGAGCAUGGGGCUCAAGUAGUCAGGGGAGCCAGGGUGGGAUGUGCAGUGACUCAGAAAGUGCUGGAGGCAGCAGUGAGUCAAGGUCCAUGGACUCCCCCACUGCCAGUCCAGGCGACUUUAAGCGCCGUUUGCCCAGAACUCCUUCCACUGGGACCAUGUCUUCUGCUGACGAUCUGGAUGACAGAGAGGCACCAUCCCCCUCAGACAAUGGUCUGGCAGAGAUGGUGACAGAGACCUCCAGUUCUCCUGGUCCUUUCCGAAAUGCUCAGAUGUCCAAAGCUGCUCAAACCCAUAAGCUAAGAAAACUUCGAGCCCCGUCUAAAUGCAGAGAAUGUGAUAGUCUGGUCGUUUUCCAUGGAGCUGAAUGUGAAGAGUGCUCCUUGGCCUGCCAUAAGAAGUGUUUGGAGACACUCGCCAUCCAGUGUGGUCAUAAAAAGCUACAAGGCAGGCUACAACUGUUUGGUAUUGAUUUUGCCCAAGCAGCAAAAAACAGUCCAGAUGGUAUCCCCUUUAUAAUCAAGAAGUGCACUUCUGAGAUUGAGAGUCGAGCCCUCAACAUCAAGGGCAUUUAUCGUGUGAAUGGUGCCAAAUCACGCGUUGAGAAGCUCUGUCAGGCGUUUGAAAAUGGGAAGGAUUUGGUUGAGCUGUCUGAUCUCUCCCCUCAUGACAUCAGCAAUGUUCUCAAGCUCUAUCUUAGACAGUUACCAGAGCCACUGAUCCAUUAUCGAUUCUACAAUGAUGUCAUCGGUUUGGCAAAAGAGUGCCAGAGGGUGAUAGUGGAAGAGGCUGAUAAUAAAGCUCAAAACAACCAGCCAAGAGAGAAGACUGGGCCGAGUAUGCAGCUGAACAGAGUCAUUUUUAAGAUCAGAGAUCUCUUCCGCCAGCUGCCCCCAGCCAACUACAGGACUCUGCGCUACCUGAUCGCACAUCUACACAGAGUCUCAGAGCAGGCCGAAGAGAACAAGAUGACUGCGAGCAACCUUGGCAUCAUCUUUGGCCCCACACUGGUGAAGCCACAGCAUACAGAUGCAGAGGUGUCUCUGUCCUCCCUGGUGGAUUACCCCUACCAGGCACUGAUGGUGGAGCAGCUGGUGAAACACUUUCAGACAGUCUUUGAUGCAUCUUUCCUACCUAGUUCUGACACAAGCAGCGCUGGCCAGGCCUCCCCCAGACUUACCCCGCAGGAGAAGAUUCGACAGCUUAGCAGACACUCAACCUCCCUGACUGACAUCAAAGAGAGCACCAAAAUCUACAAAAGAUACUCAUCUGUCAUCCCAUCAUCUCACAUCAUGGGUGAGGUGCAGGAGGUCCGACCAGGAAAACACAAAAUAGGGGUCUCGACAUUGGACAGAGUCAACGGGGUCCAGGCUUCUAGUGGAGGAGAUGUUCAGAGAUCAACCUUAGUGUUUGGUCGUCCCAGCACCAUCGUCUCCUCUGUCACCACCAUGGCACCAAAGGUACAGCUGCGCCACCAGCGCGCCAGACAAGCGUCUCGACCAGUCAGCAUGCCACUGGAACGCCUGCCCGCACCAGCUCAAAUCGGCGAGAGGAAUAAUCGAAACACCAGCGAUGUUGUUGAUUCAGGCUCUGUUAAGCGGGAGACCAUUGCUGAAACUAUACAGGAGAUGCCAGAGCCAGAGAGGGCUCGGCAAAGUGGCUCAUCCAGGGUUAGUACCUACUACAUUACUCCUUUUAUUGACACUCAGAGGAGGACGUGGGACAAGAAGUACAAGCACUAUGAUGUUACACCCAGGACUGCUAUGAUAAUGGCCAACCUACCAUCUGCCAGUUCUGGAGUGCAGCCUGUAAAGGCAACGAUACCUGUUAGCAAUGUUGCAACCCCAACAACUGCGUCUGUGGUUCCAACGACGAGUAGCGUUAGCACCGUAUUCUCCAGUAACCUUUACACAUCGUCACUCAAGUCUGUUUGGACCUCCAAAAGGGAAAAUGACACUCAGAGUUCACUCCGCGAGUCUAGCAGCUCACCAAACCUUCCACUAACACUCAGGGCACCGAGGACUCUGCACCCUCCUUCUGGAACUUUCUACAAGCCCCCUGUUUCCAACAACGGCCGUGCUACAACACUCCCAAACUGGAAUACUACUUUAACUACCGCCACCACCACCAGCUUAUCAUCCACCCCCACCAUCAUCUCCACUACCAUUAAUUUGUCACCCACCACCAACAUCACCAUCAUUACCACAUCACCUGCUACUACCACCACCACCACCACCUCAUCGUCUUUCCCCAACAGCCCUGUUGAAGCAGCGUGUCCGUCCCCUGUCCUUAAAAGCCCCACACAGACGCCACUCCAGACUCAGGACUCCACUGACAGUGCCAUAGACUCUGGGGUCUCAACCUCUGCUCCCAUGUCACCCCCUCAGUCUCCUCCCCCUAGCAGCCCUGACGACCUUAGCCCUAGUGAGAAUAAACCUGUUUACCAAAGACUGCGACCCCGGCGGCUGCAGGAGCUCAAACACAGAGAGGCUCAUUUUGUCUGACACCAAAAAAAGGAGAAACAAACAAAAAAACUCAUAUGAUAUCUGUAAAUAUUACUUUAUCACAGUGAAUGCUGGGGAAAAGAUUUUUAUCAUCAAGCUGAGCAUGGAAGGAAAUGUCGACCUGUGAAAAUAAACCAUAAAAGUGUUAUAAAAGUGCUAAUAUAUUCUUUCAUAUGUCUAAGUCAACAGCAGCUGGUUUAAGCGCUCAAAAUGUCGAUGCCAACACAAUCGUUUAUUGCCACAUUUUUAAAUAAAUAAAUAGAUUAAAUGUAUGACAAAGAAAACUGGCAACAAAUCAACUUCUGUCUGAAACGAACUUUAAGCCUAUCACAUUUCUUCUUGAAUAUUUGAUUUAUACAGAAAUCUAUUUUACACACUGCACUUAAUAAUCCAGGUUCAGAUUCUGGGGUUCCUUUCAUUUUAAAAAAUUAGUUUAACUCUUAUUCCACUAGGUAUAAAUGUAAGUACUUCAAGCAUGAGGGUUCUUACUGAUAAAGAAGUCAACAUUUACAUCUUUUAAUGUGUUCAUAGCCUGUGAUUGGUACAUCUUUUCUCAGCAUGUAAAUCAUUUGUAUCUUUGUACAUUUUUAUAUUCAUUGAUGCAUAUUCCAUGUCUGUCACAAAGGUUGUGUUUAUUCACAUUUUUGUGACUAUACGGAAGACGAAUGACACGCAACAGUUCCUGCUGCAAAUUAAACAUUUGAAAUGA